UUCACCAAUUAACGGGUGAAAAUUCUCCAUUGAUGUACUAUUGUUGUUUGCAUUAUUUAUCAUAUCAGUGUAAAUUAAUAUAGGAGAAUCACAAUGUCGGAAUUCGUACACAGAAUUUCACGCAAUUUGCAGUGCCCUGUUUGUUUAGAGCUGCUCAGUGAUCCGAAGCAGUUAUCAUGUACACAUACUUUCUGUAAGAAAUGCCUUGAUAAUAUUCUUAAAAGCUCUUCACAAAAUUCUCUAACAUGUCCUAUCUGUCGAAGCGAAACAUCUGUGACAGGUGGCAAUGUCAUGAAUCUAAAUACUAAUGUUCCUCUUAAGUCUCUCAUUGAUGAGGUGAUAAAUAGCCAGCAAGUCUGUGAGUUGUGUGACUCAAACUCGAGAGCUGUACAUUUCUGUUGUGAGUGUGGUAAGAAUAUGUGUAGCACAUGCCUUGAGAAUCAUAACAAAUGGCCGGCUCAACUCCAGCAUAGAGUUGUGAGAAUAGAAGACGUCAGAGAGGGAAGGGUGAUCCUCGAAAAUGAAGUUUACUGCCAGGAACACAAAGCAGAUAAACAAAAAUACAUCUGUACUGAUGUGUGUGUCACCUGUAAGAAGUUCAUCUGCUUGAGAUGUAGGUUGCUGGAUCAUGAGAAUAAAGGUCACACAGUUCAGAAAGCUAAGGACUACAAUGCUUCUACCAAGACACAAAUUGAAUCUCUACAAGCGCGAGGUGAGACAAAAAUUACAGCCAUCAAGAAUCACCUGACCUGCAUCAUGACUCAAAAGAAGCGUGUCACGGAUCACAUUGCCGACAAAAAGGCUGACAACAACAAAAGUUAUCAAGAAUCACUCAAGAAAUUAAACGAGAGGAAAGCAGAAUCAGACAAGCAGUUGGAAACUCAAGAAGUGAGAUUAUGUAAAAGCUUGGAUGAGAUGCAAGAUGUUGAUGAGAGGUUCAUUACGAGUAUUGAGAGUGCUAGUUUGUUAGCGGGUAAUUGCAUGAAGGCUCCAUUAGAAGGUGAUAUCAUUGUUAUUCGUGAUACAUUGUCUUGUGAGCUGGAGCAUGUACUAGGUAGGGCUGAUCCAGAGAAUAAGCUGGCUACGGAUGUAGCUGACCAUGCAGAGCAAAUUACAUCGACACCUAAAUGUCAGUUGAACUUUGGUCAGCUGCAGAAGAAACCUGUCGGAAUCGUUAUGGUAGGAUUCCUGAUCGUCGUUGCAUGUAUACUGCUCACACGUAACAAUCGAUCUGAUCAGUUGAACAUUGGUGAGGUUAGGGUAGUGAAAUGUGUGUCGGUAUGUGAUGUAGAACUUUCUAAGAAAGAUUGCAUGAACGGCAUGGCUACUACACCCGAUGGGAGAAUGGCAGUGGGAUCUAGAUUUGGGGGAAUCGAUAUCUUCUCUGCUGAUGGUCCGCUGCAGAGGACAGUCCUCGAGGAUGUCAAUAUCCGUGACGUAGGAUAUCUGUCUGAUAGUCGACAUGUGGUAGUGCAUAGCAGUAAUGUUAUCACAAUGUACACACAGGAGUAUGAGAAGCUGGAUGUAACGUUUGAUACUCUGAGUACAGAUGAAGGUAUAAUUGGUAGUCUCACUGUAGACAGUAAUGAUCUGAUCUAUGUCAGCUACUGGAAAGUACCCAAGAGGAUUCUGGUGUUCUCUCCAGCAGGUGGGAAGGCGAUCAGGGAGAUACCAUGCCAUGGGUAUACCCCUGAGCAGAUCACUAGUUAUAAUGACCUAUUGAUCAUCAAAGAUAGUCAUAGGGUAAGAAUAAUUGACAAACAUGGCAAUGUAAAACACAAGGAAGAAUUAGAAAUGACUCCAGUAUACGCUGCUGUGACUCAGAAUAAUUCAAUCCUGAUCGCUCGGGUCAAGCAUGCUGAUGGGUUGGUUAGUAUCGAUAAGUACACCAGCGAACUUAAACACGUCAAGACUCUCAUCUCUGAUCACAAGAUUGAGAAUCCCGAUAAACGUAGAUGGUACUAUAUGCGCGAGUUCCGAUCAGGGGAGAUUGCUUUCUGUACUCCUGAUAGACUCUAUAUAUUUAAACUAACCACCACACCAUGCCGUCCAUGAAUGAUAUCAGUCUAGGAUCAGGGGACUAUACAAAUGUGAAAGAUGGGCAAU